UUUGCCACUGACCCACAGUAAGUGUACCUGUCAGCAGGUUCCACUGAUCUCUAUUUUAGGCCAGUUUGUGGGCGGCUCGAUGAACUUUGACGCGGUCUGUUCUUCUUCGCAAUUUGCGGAGCAGCAGCUGUCGGUCGCCGGCGGCAGCGGCACCCGCGGCGCGUCCGACUUCGACCAGGGCACGAUGGACUCCGCAAUCCUCGAUCUAGUUCCCGACGACGAGGCGGGAAUCACCAAAAAGCGCGCGACUUACCACUGGGACCGCACUGGCAAGAAGAAGAAGUACAUUCGACUGCAGCCGGGGGAGAUGUUAACGGGCUCCGGGAAGGUGAAGUCGGAGAGCGGCGCGCGCGUGAACGCGGGGCAGCGGCAGAAGGGGCUGUAUAAGAAGUGGCAGGCGCGGACGCAUAUGAAGGUGGCGACCGCCGGGGAGGAGGGGGAGAACCGCCCCGCAGCGAGCGGGCGGGGCGGUCACAGCGGGAGUGGUCGCGGCCGGGGGGGCGGGGGUAGGGGUGGGGGGCGAUCCGGACCGGGGGACAAGGUUCGGAGCGAAGUGAGGGGGGUGGAGGAGAUUCGAAAGGAGCGUCAGAAGAAGGUAAUGAAGAUGGGGGGGGUGAAUAGGGGACGCGGCGGCGAGGGGGGGUAG